AUGCCCUUGAAUGUUACCAGGUACUACACUGAAGGCUCCGAGCACUGCUUUGACAACUUGGACCAGAGCAGCUAUUGGCAGAACGCGAUUCGGGUGAUCCUCGCCACGGUGAACAGGUUCAAAACUGACCCGAACAUGUUGAUGUGGCUGGUCGGAAACGAGCUCGAGAUUCCCAUUGACAUCGAGAAGGGCAACGACUGCAUGUGGAAGCGUGUGAACUGGGUGGCGCGGAAAGUCAAAGACGCAGACCCCGACCAUCCCGUGGGCAUAGCCUUGGCUGGCAUCGCUUCGCCCAAAGUGACGAAGAUGUCGAAGCUUUGCCCAGAGAUUGAUGUCCUGGGGACCAACAUCUACGGAAACGAGAUCCGCGACAUUGGCUCUCGGCUGCGCGCUGCCGGAUGGACGAAGCCAUGGGCCUUCACAGAAUGCGGAGCUUUAGGUCCUUGGGAGGUGGCUCAAACCUCAUGGGGUGCACCCGUGGAGCUGUCCUCUUCGCGGAAAGGGCGCUACAUCUAUCGUGGGAAGAGGAUGUGCGAGGAAGACGAGAUGUGCAUCGCCUUCAUGGCAUUUCUGUGGGGGUGGAAGUGGGAGAAGACCGGUACCUGGUUUGGCCUCAUCAAUGACUGGAAGGACUCUGGAGCCAACAGUUUCUUGAACGAUAUUGGCCAGCCAAUCUACGACACCUUCGGCCCGAAAGACAAGAGCGCCUUCAGGAUUCACAUCGAAGGCUUCAAGGUGGACAAGGACAAGGAGGUAAGCGAGCUGGGCUUCGCAGUGGACCGAGGGGCGGAAGUACAAUUGGACCUCCUCCCGGUCGCGACGCCUUUCGAUGGCGACAACGGAGCUUGGGCUCACUGGGUUGUCACCAAGGAGAGCCAAGUGGACGCCAAGUCCGAUGCCAACUACCACGAACGGCCCCAAGCAGUGAUUCCGAAUGUCGUGGAAGGGUGCCCCGGCAGCUUCCGGGCGAAGCUGAAGACCUCAAAGCUCGAGGAUGGAGGGAACUAUCGCCUCUACGCUUUUGCGAGGAGGAAACACGAGGGUGGAUUUGGACACUACCCAUCGACGGUGGAGGCAUCAUUUGCCAUUCCGUUCCGAGUGGGCCCGCAGAUGUGCUCGGAUGUCACGCAUGGUCACUGCUACGACGAGGUGAACCGCAUCAAGACCAGUGCUCAGCGCAUGGGCUAUAACACGUGGCCCGCCAAAGGGCUCCGCGCAUCUUCGAGUUUCAAGGAAUACCAAUCUGCUUUGCAUGUGGAGAGUCAUGCAGGCUGCCCUGCUCCGUGCUCUGUGCAGAUUCCGGCAUCGGCCACAGCCGACUGCUCCGUGCCGACGAAGCUGCGCUAUGUGGCGGAUGUGGCAGCCAUCCAGGAGCUGCUGGCACCACCACCGCCCUUUGAAUUGCCGGACGAGGAGUGCCAUACUUCGAUCCCACAUGAGGAUUGCUACUAUGCCACGAAGUGGGUCAUGGACCAAGGCAGAUUCACAACGAAUAACUUUCCAGAGUUGACGGCGGACUCGAGUUGGGAAGAUGGACAGCUGGCUUUGUGGAAGCGCGCGCGGAAUGGCUGCAAGAAGCCCUGCAUGGAAUCUGCAGAGACCACCCAGAAGGCUGAUGAGGAAUGCCACACCUCAGUGCCACACGAAGACUGCUUCUAUGGCACGAAGUGGCUGCUGGACGAAGGCAGAUGGAAGUAUCCAGAUGCCUUCCCAGAGGCAGGCUUAGAAGGUUCUUCCAUAUGCAACGCCUGUCUGACAGUGAUUCCGGAGGUUACCGUCGAGUCGACUUGGGAAGACGCCCAAGAAGCGCUCUGGAAGCGUUCCAAGAACGGUUGCAAGAAACCGUGCCGAAAAGUCACUCAGCUAAACAGAACCUGCAGACGCUGCGGAGUGCUCUCAGGCUACCCAAACUGCACAGAGCGAAGAGCACGAUUCAAUAGGGCACUAAGUAUUACAAGCAGCUUCGUGAAGCCAGACUGUUGCGCCGCUAAACCCGGUUGUCAACGAUCGUCAGCUGUAGAGCUGUAG